AUGCUCGCGCUCGCCUUCACGUGCACAGCGCUGCUCGUGCUUGUGCUCUGUGGAUCGAUUAAUUCCGACAGAACAGCGCCCCUCCUGAUCGCAGAGAACAUGUGGCCCCGCGGCUGUGUCCUGGACUGCCAGAGGGGGCGCCACAGAGCCGUGUGCGGCAGUAACGGCAGGUUGUAUAAAUCGAUGUGCGCCUUCCAGAGGGCGCGCUGCAUCAACACACAUCUACGUCUGGCUCCACGUGCACACUGCUCAGAUCGGACUCAGUCUAAAUGUCAGCUGGCUCGGGCUCAGUCGCUGGAGGCCAACACCCGCGGCAGCAGCAGCAGCAGUCGUGUCAGUCAUGUCAGUCAUGUCAGUCAUGUCAGUCCUGCCGCUGCCAUGUUUGUUCCCGAGUGUCAUCCCGACGGUCACUUCCUCCCAGUGCAGUGUCACAACCAGACCGGAUACUGUUGGUGCUCCACACCGGACGGGAAACCUCUCAGCGGGACGUCCGUCCUCCACCUGACCCCCAGCUGCUCCGGUCAUUCAACGUGCACUCUCCCUUCCCCUGUUGCAGAUGAAGCUGAGGAGCCGGGGCCGACGCUGGACCCCAGGAAACCUGCAGAGCGCACAGCUCCGCCCAUCUGGGUGACCAUCCUGAUGAACUCCGUCAGACGACCCACAGACAGUCCUCAGACUUGUGAGCGAGAGAGAGCGGCGCUCCUCUCUCAGAUGCUUUCAGCCUGGCAGGAGGAGCGUUUUAUCCCAGAAUGCACUGCAGACGGCCGCUACAGCUCCGUGCAGUGUCACACUGCUACAGGUUACUGCUGGUGUGUGCGGGUGGAGAGCGGGCGGCCACUGUCAGGCACCUCGGCAAGGAAUCGUAUCCCAGACUGCACCGGGGCAGAGGAGGCACCAGACAGAACCGACCGGAGGUUCAGGGACAAACCUCUUCCUGGAUGUCCUGGAGCUCGUAAGGAGCAGUUCCUGCAGAGUCUGAUCGCAGCUCUGCAGCUGGAAGCAAAGCAUGCUGGGAGUCUGAGUCCUUACCAGGCUGCAAACACACCUCCUUCUCAUGCUCCUUCUCUUUUAUCAAACCCUCCAUCCUCCACCACUCCAGCCUCCUCCUCUUCCUCUUCCUCCUCCUCCACCUCCUCCUCCUCCUCCUCCUCACCCCUGAACGUCGCCCCCGCUGCUGCCCUGGAGGCUGCGGACUCCUCGGGCCCAGAGGAGGUGCUGCGGUGGCACUUCACCCGGCUGGACGUGGACUCCAGCGGCGUGCUCACGGAGCGCGAGGCUCGACCUCUCCGUCAGUUCCUGCGGAGCCGGUUGAAGCCGCGACGCUGCGCCAAGAAGUUCGUUCAGUACUGUGACAGAGACGGAGACCGAGGCCUGACGCUGGAGGAGCUCAGGGUCUGCCUGGUGCUCUGAGGUCAAAGCCACAGAGACAAAUCACCUCCUUCCUCUCCCUCCUCUUCAUCAAGUCACCGAAACAUCAUCCUUCACUUCCAGCUCGGAUUAACAGCUGAUCUUCAUCCAUCAUCUUCAUCACAGGAUGUUUUUCACAGAUUCAUCAGCAGGUUCAACAUGACCAUCGACUUCCUGUCUCAUGUCACCAGCUGUAUCUGUGUGGUCACAACAAAUCGAAUCCAACCUUCAAGUAUUUAUUUCACACCUUGGUGAUAUUUGUUUGUGUUUGUGUGUUCAUUUGUGUCACUGAUGUUUCCCUCCUUCCUUAUCCGAAUCCUUCCCUUCUUUCCUUUCCUUCACCCUCCCUUCCUGUCUUUCCUGCCUCCUUCUGCACAACCAUCUCCAUAAAUCCACUGGUCCUUGCACCCUUUCUUCUUUUUCUUGACUCCUACCUCCUCCUCUUGAUUGCUUCCUCUGUUACAUCACUUCCUGUCUUCAGCUGAUAGGACUUUGAGGUCUCAGGACCUUCAAGCACACGUCGGCCUUUCAUCAUGAGGAGAAACCCAAACAUCAGUAAAUUAGGUUUUCAUCUCUUUAGUUAAACUUCAGGCAGAAACUUAGUUUUAAUGAAACAGACGUUUAUUAAAGCAUCAACGGUCAAACUUCCUUUAAUUCUGUUUCAGUUUGACCUUUGACCUCAGAUCAUUUCUGUGACAAAUCACUAAUGGGCCCACCCCAGGGUGUCAUCAGCCUGAUAGUGAACACAGCGCCCCCUGCGGUCUGUAGGGUCACAGGGUCAUGACGACGCCUCAGGUACAGUGUAGACACCACAGAGGAAGAAGCAUCACUCACCUUCGGCUGUUUGUCACAGGGAAUUACCCACAAUUCAUAGCGUCGUGAGUAACAAACAAAU